UGUCUCGUUCAGUAGUGCUCUCGGUUGCCUUCGAACGAUUUCGCACACCGGAUGUCCAUCGAGCCUCGUCGACGCAUUCAGCGCAGCUCGGCCCGCAGCGUACAAACGUUCCCACGUUCCCGUCAAAAACGAUCGAGGAUGCGGCCGGGUUCGUCUUGACGCGUGUGCGGCUCUUCCCGACCGAGGCUCGACGAAAAAGCUCAUCGAACGUCGUUCGACCAUGGCUCCGAUACCGAACGUUUGGCUGACGUGCGUCGCGUUGAUCGUUCUGCCCGUGGACGUCGCGCCGCUCGAGCGCUAUCCCAGCGAUCAACGGGCCUACACGGACCACAGACUGCUCUGGCCGAUUUGGUACCACGAGAAAUUCGCUCGCGCGCGACACGACCGCGACGACGGCGGCGGCGGCGAUUUUCAACAGAGCACCGCGAAAACAUGGUCGCACCUGGACACGGCCACCGACAGGCCCGUUUCGGUGCCGCCGCCGACGGGAACCAACGAGCAGCCGAGGCGUCGCGUGGAGCAUCGGGCCCACGAGCAACGACCCGGCCCGCCGAAACUCGAGAAAUCGAGCCCGGCCAACGUCGCCAAGUAUACCGGCACCGCAGCGAUCGUUUACCACAAUAAUCAUCGCCACCAGCCGAGGGAAGCUGCCACUCAGAGGUUCCAACACGCCGCGACCACGCCGCCGACCUACACGAGGCAUCAUCCCGGAAGGCGAGUUUGCACCAGAUCAGUUCCUAGUUCGUCGUCCCUUCAACAUCGCCAGAAUAGGCAACUAAGGUACUAUAAUUAUAUUCAUAUUCAAACUGACACGGCUGCCAGUUUCGUGUGCUGUCCAGGGUGGACUCAGGCGACUCAGUUGAGUUUCGGAUGUAACAAACCUACCUGCCCAGCGUCCUGCUUAAAUGGAGGAAUAUGCACUGCCCCCGGCAGAUGCACAUGUCCCAAAGGAUUUACUGGCAACCAGUGCCAGACAGACAUCGACGAGUGCGUGACGGAGAAGGCCUGCGACCAACUCUGCAGAAACCUACCUGGCAGCUACGAGUGCCACUGUAGGCCUGGUUUUCAGCUUCAGAAAGAUGGUCAAUCUUGUCGGAAGAACGACACCGAUGACAGCGCGUUCGAGGCACGGGAUCUAGAAGAAGACUUCCAUGAAGUGACGACAACGAAACGUCCGUCGAGUUCUCCGCACGAUACGGAGAACGAGGUGGCUGACGGUGACCUCGAUCAGGACUACGAGAUUAUCCUGAAAAGGCUCACGAAACUCGAAAAGCUAUUCGCGAAAGGAAAAAAGAGGGACACCGAAACCACUGACAUGAGUGUUAAGGUUGCAUCUGUUAUGGAGAACAUUAAUGAGAUGAAGAGAACUGUAGAAAACGUACAAUUGAUGCAACAAGAAAUAUACGAGAUGAGGACUAAAUUACGGGAAUAUGAGUUGGAAACAAGGAAAAUGCAGCACUUGACCAAUCGAGUAAUGGAACUGGAAAAUCGUUUGAGACUACGUUGCAGAAAUGCAUUACCCAUGAACAGUGGCACGUUACAUUUUUGAUAUCGCUGUAACAAAUAUGACUAUAAAAAAGGAUAAGACGUUGUGCGCAAAUUUAAUAUUUAUGUAUAAAAUUUUUUGUAAGAAUGGAUAUUAUCACUGCCAUAUGUGUAGCUUUUAUACUGAUACAUUAAAUCUAUCAUGGAACAAGUUUCAUGAUAAAUCAACAAACAGAUUCCGGUUAUUCUUAUUGACAUAUUUUAAGAAUAAUACAUAAGAUCUUCGAUUUAUUAUAACAACAUUUAUUUUUAUACUUUACAUGUGAAGUCAAAUAAAAAGGCGUCAAUUAAUGAUAUUAA